CGGAGGGGCGGGUUUGUGCGCCGAGGCGAUAAAGCGCGGCGCCGGGGCGGCUCGGGGCUCUGCUCGCCGCGCCCCGACUUCGACCCCGUGCCCCAGCGCAGCAUCUCUGGGCGGCAGCGGCCGCAGCAUAUUUGAAGAGAAAAUGACAGUCGUUGGGACCCUGCGGCAGGUUGUGGGCCGGACGCUGCAGAGCCCAGCCUGUGGCUGUUGGAUGUCUGCCCUGCCCGUCCGGUUUCUGGGCACCUCCCCUCGGCAGAUCCCAGAAGAUGCCAGUUUCCACUGUGCCUCUUUCUCUGAGGCCGACCAGCCUCGUGUCCUAAUUACAGGGGGUCUUGGCCAGCUUGGUGUGGGGCUUGCUAACUUUCUGAGGAAACGAUUUGGGAAGGACAACGUGAUUUUGUCUGAUAUAAGGAAACCCCCCGAUCAUGUCUUCCGUAGUGGCCCGUUUAUCUAUUCCGACAUCCUGGAUUAUAAGAAUCUCCGGGAGAUUGUAGUAAACAACCGCAUCACCUGGUUGUUGCAUUACAGCGCUUUGCUCAGUGCGGUGGGAGAAGCAAACGUAUCCUUGGCCCGAGCUGUAAAUAUUACUGGAUUUCAUAAUGUGCUGGACGUUGCAGCAGAGCAUAACCUGAGACUGUUUGUGCCCAGCACCAUUGGAGCUUUCGGACCUACUUCUCCCCGGAACCCAACCCCAGAUCUCUGUGUUCAGAGACCCAGGACCAUCUACGGGGUGUCCAAGGUCCAUGCAGAGCUCAUGGGAGAAUAUUACUAUUACCGGUACGGGUUAGAUUUCCGAUGUCUGAGGUAUCCUGGGAUCAUUUCAGCUGAUUCCCAACCUGGGGGAGGGACAACCGACUAUGCGGUCCAGAUUUUCCACGAUGCAGUGAAGAACGGCAAGUUUGAGUGCAGCCUGAAGCCCAGCACCAGGCUCCCUAUGAUGUACAUUGACGACUGCCUCCGGGCCACCCUGGAGGUCAUGGAGGCCCCGGCAGAGGCCCUCUCCUUGAGGACCUACAACGUCACUGCCAUGAGCUUCUCCCCCGAGGAGCUGGCCCAGGAACUCCUCAAGCACGUGCCAGAAUUCCAGAUCACAUACAACGUGGAUGCCGUUCGGCAGGCCAUCGCGGACAGCUGGCCGAUGAAUUUUGAUGACAGCAAUGCUCGGAAGGACUGGGGGUGGAAACACGAUUUUGAUCUCCCAGAGCUGGUGACCACGAUGUUGAACUCCCAUGGUUCUGAUACCAGAGUUGCCCAAGCUAACUGAAGUCAUCAGUAGGAAGAGCACCUGUAUCGUGGGCAGCUGUCAGGGAAGCUUGUACUGACCCCAAGACUAUAGUCCCCAAGGAACGUAGAUGAUCUGGAGCUGAAGGACUAAUCGGACUAAAUUUUGCAGCUCAUAUUGAACUGCCGGAUGGAGAACUGGGUCGGCACUAGCAUUUUCCAUGUUGUAGGCUGGGUGGUUGGACUUUUAAAUAUUGGCUGUUUGCCUAAAUUUGUCCAAACACACGUAUCACAGAAUGAAGACUGAAGUCAUAAUAGCUCCCAUUUCCUUGGUUAAGGUGAAGUGACCAUUUCUGGGAAGGUGGACGUAUGUGAUGCUUGUAUUUAAUUAAAUUUCAUUUGGAUAUCA